AUGGCCCAGCAAAGUUUCCAGCUGGUGGGAAGUUCCGCGUCAGAGUGCGACACUAUACCCGGCCGCCAGUGCAUGGCCUCGUCUUAUUUCCUGGCUGGACACUUUGAGGAGGUGCUCGUCUAUCUCAACUCGAUCAAGAGCUUCUUCGUCAAUGACGACACGUUCAAUUUCAAUUACGCUCAGGCUAAAGUUGCUACUGGCUUUUAUCGUGAGGCAGAGGAGAGUCUGCUCAGUAUUCAGGAUGAGGGCAUCCGCAGCUCGUUCACAUAUCUGGCGUGUCUAUGUCGGUGCCACGUGAUGAAUGGCGACGCGACACUCGCCUGGGAGAUAUGCGUCAAGUUAGUCGCUAAUGACAGUUAUCGUAUGGGACAGUUCCUUGUGGCCGCCAAAGCGUUCCACAUGCUUGACAGGUACAGCUUUAUUUAUACCUUCACCGCUGCAAUACCUAUUGUUGGUUGCUUGGUGGAAUGUUAAAAUGAUAAAAUUGAUUGCAGAAAUUACGAUUUAUUUAUUAAAUAUCCACAACAUGUUGUGUUACUGUUAAUGUUAAAAUGAGUGCACCCGAUUGUAUGAACGGUAAUAAAUAAGUAUACUGAUUUACGUACGAUUUGAUAACAUUAUA